UGUUAGGCGAACACAAACCAACUGCUCGUCAAGAGAAUUUUAAAAAGUUUUCGUUUGAAGUCGUUAUUCGAGUACGUUACGUUACCGCAAUAAUUAUCAGAAACAAGAAGAAUUGGCGGGAUAUUAACCAUAAAAAUAGAAUUGCGGUUUUAGAAAUCGAGUUUGUGUACUAAAUUAUCCAUGUGCUCGUAAAAUUAAAAGAGAUCUAUUGCUUUGUCUCUAGAUCUGAAGCUGACGUUUUUUAUAGGCUUAGAAUUUUUUAUUUAGCAAAAUGGAAGAUUUCAUUAAGAUAGAGAAAAUUGGUGAAGGUACUUACGGUGUGGUUUACAAGGGAAAAAACAAAUUGACCGGCCAGUUUGUGGCUAUGAAGAAAAUCAGGUUGGAAGCAGAUGAUGAGGGCAUACCCUCUACCGCGAUCAGAGAAAUAUCCCUACUGAAAGAACUGAAUCACCCGAACAUUGUGAAACUGGAAGAUGUGCUGAUGGAGGAGUCGCGGCUGUUCCUCAUCUUCGAGUUCCUCUCCAUGGACCUCAAGAAAUACAUGGACUCCCUUGGCUCCGGGAGGAUGAUGAGCCCUAACAUAGUGAAGAGUUACCUGUAUCAGAUCAACAGUGCCAUCCUGUACUGCCACCGUCGACGUAUCCUGCAUCGUGACUUGAAACCGCAGAAUCUGCUUAUUGACCAGACUGGCAUCAUAAAGGUGGCAGACUUCGGUCUGGGGCGCGCGUUCGGCGUGCCGGUGCGCGUGUACACGCACGAGGUGGUCACGCUGUGGUACCGCGCGCCCGAGGUGCUGCUCGGCAGCCAGAGGUACUCGUGUCCAGUGGACAUGUGGUCUAUCGGCUGCAUCUUCUCCGAGAUGUCCUCCAAGAAACCUCUGUUUCAGGGCGAUUCUGAAAUCGACCAGCUUUUCCGAAUCUUUAGGAUGCUGCGGACACCGACGGAGGAGAUCUGGCCGGGCGUGACGUCACUACCGGACUACAAGCCCUCCUUCCCCAACUGGAACACUUUCAACCUGCACAACCACGUACAGAACCUGGACGAGCUGGGCCUGGAUCUCCUCCGCAAGAUGCUAGUGUACGACCCCAUGAAGCGCAUCAGCGCCAAGAACGCGCGCCUCCACCGCUACUUCCGCGACGUGCGCCUGCCGGCCGGCCUGCCGCGCGGUGUGGACGCGCCCCUGUCCGCCGUGCGCGGUGUGGACGCGCCCCGGUCCGACGCGCGCGGUGUGGACGCGCCAACCGCGCGCUUGGUGGAGGUGGACAUCAGCCCCGCCGACACGCUGUGACCGAGAUCUCUGUACUAGCAAUCAUAUUGUACAGGAGUGGCUUAGUGUAGGAACAAUUCGUGCUUCAAACACUUGAUGUAGAUGGCACUGUGCGUCGCCAUGUGGUAGGUUACGGUCCCCCCACCUGUCGACGCGGAAUUAAGUCAAAUAGCGCAAUGGCGUGGGCACUGAUUUACCUAACUCAUUAUAGCGGUUUUUGUCAUUUCAUUUAUUUUACAUUAAAAGUCUCUUUAUUUCACAUA